CACGGGCGUGCUCUGCCCCAGCCGCCCCGAGGGCACCCUGGACUUGCAGCGCGCCGCCGGCGGCCGAGCACACGAGGCCUCAGAGCCAGGCUGCGCCUCCCUGGUGGGUCGCGAGACACAGACCGACGGAAAAUCACAUUGUUAACUCUGAGAAAGAUUCAUCAUCCCCUAACUGACCCCAUGAGUUUGGGGUUUGAGAAGUAGUCUGUAGAUGUCGGCAUAACAAGUUCAAGAAAAAUACAGUUUUCCAAACAGCUGUUGUGUUUUCAGGGGAAGUCUUUUACCAAAUGCAAGGGUUCUUAUUAAAGUUGGAGGUCACCCAGCUCCUUCUCACAGUGAGGGAGGGCAGGCUUUGGAAGAAAGGAGAAGCUACUGUGUAUGUGGGAUAAUCUGGGUAGGCGAAAACACUGAGAUGGUAGAAGGCUGGGGGCCUUCCAUGGGCCCCAAAUCUUCAGUAAAGUUACCUAAAACCCACCGAAUGCGUGACAAAGCAGUUUCGUUUCUCUUUGUUUCGGUACGUGGAAACCAGUGACAGAGCUGAGCACCCCAACCAAGGUGUCUUAGAGCAAAGCAGCACACAGGAGCCCAGGGACACACCAGCAGAGAGGUGCCUGGAGGGGGCACACUGUGGGGGUCCGGGUUGUCACAGGCCCUGCAGCCAGGCUUACCCACUUCUGGCAGAGGCCCAACAGCUGCCCUGUGCACCACCAGCAGCCGGGGAGCUGGGAGGAGCCAGGCUGGUCUUGGCAGCCUGCCCCCAAGAACUGUCCCCAGAACCCUGCCAUAGGAGCCACUGGCCUUUGUGACCUCACAGGAGGGGUGUGGGGGAGUGUUCUCUGGGCAGCCUAGGUUUGAGGGGCAGCCAGAGCCUUCCCCCAGGGCAGGGGUGAACAGCCCCUCCAGGAAGGGAGCCAAGAGGUUAGGCAGCCCCAUGUAGGCCCACAGUUAGUCUGGGAGGACCCACCAUGCAGAACGGCAAGAGGAAGAAGCCGGAGGCCAGACGCCAUGGCUCCACUUCACAGAGUACCAGCUCCGAAUCCACCCCACAGCAGCAGACCUCCGAGACCUCCCCACAGCCCAGCAUUGCUGAACCCAGACUGCAAAAGCCAGCCUCCAGAUCCACUCUGCAGCAGCCAGCCUCCGGGUCCACCCUGCAGCAGCCAGCCUCCAGGUCCACUCUGCAGCAGCCAGCCUCCGGGUCCACCCUGCAGGAGCCAGCCUCCGGGUCCACCCUGCAGCAGCCAGCCUCCAGGUCCACCCUGCAGCAGCCAGCCUCCGGGUCCACCAUACAGCAGUCCCCUCCCAGGUCCACCCCGAAGACCAGCUCUGAAUCUGCUGCUCAGCCCAUACCUGAGUCCAUCCCAAAGCAACCUGUGUUCCGGGCUCCCCCAGCGACCAAAGUCAGCCGCUCAACUCAGGGCCUCUCAUCUCAGGACACUCACAUGAAAGCCACCCCUCAUUCCAAGAAAACAGGGUCUCUGACUCGCGCAGGCCUGCACAUCUGCUCCUGUUCCACUUGGCCCAGCAGCUUUACUUGCUGGCAUCGCCUGGGUCUCUGCCACAGCUGCAUCUUUGAUGUCCUCCUUCCUCGGGCCUGGCCGGCCAUGCCGGGGAGAGGACUCCCAAACCUCCUCACCUUCUACAGAAAACCUACAAGAAAACACUCCAGUCAUCACAAUUCUCAUGCUCCAAGCCCUGGGGACUGUUGCUGUGGCUCUAGGGUCCCUGGCAGCUGCCUACUUCACCACUGAAUCCUUAUGAACAAACCCCCAGGCCCAUCGUCCAGAAGGAGAACUUAGCUGCUGAACCCUCACUCACGAGGUAAAACUGAAAAGCCACCGGAGUCCUGGGGUCAUGGAGAGAUGAUGGCCUGUCCAAGCUGAUGGCCUGUCCUUUUCCUUACAAAUCCAGUUCCACCAAGGAUCUCUCUUGUCACCAAAAUAGAACCCCCCAAAAAAGAAA